UUGUUGGAGUCAGUGAAGCCUAUGAGGACGCUGCCAAUUGUCUCUGGCUGUUAACUAACUCCAAGCCUUGUGCGAACUGUAAGUCUCCAAUACAGAAGAACGAGGGCUGCAAUCACAUGCAGUGUGCCAAGUGCAAGUAUGACUUUUGCUGGAUUUGCCUAGAAGAAUGGAAAAAACAUAGUUCUUCCACUGGAGGUUAUUACAGGUGUACUCGCUAUGAAGUCAUCCAGCAUGUCGAGGAGCAAUCCAAGGAGAUGACUGUGGAGGCUGAGAAGAAACAUAAACGGUUUCAGGAACUUGACAGAUUUAUGCACUAUUAUACAAGAUAUAAAAACCAUGAGCAUAGUUAUCAGGUAUGUCCCAAAUCAUUACAAACGAGCUAAAAUACCCUGUUAAGAAUAAGUAAAGAG